AUGCAGGCAGUUGCAGCAGGAACAACAGCGGUAGAAGCACCAGUUUAUGAGGCACCCGAAGGUCUGUGCGACUUGCCCGGAUUUGACCCGCCCGGAACAAGGAGAAGGCAGGGAAGGCAGAUUAAAAACUUUGAGCAGUGGAUAGAGCAUGAGCCUACAGAGAGGUGGUCUUUGUUGCACGACACACAUGGAGCUAGAUACGGCGUCAUGACAACCAACCUCGCAGAGUCGUAUAACUUUGUGCUGAGAGGCAACAGAGCUUUGCCACUUACAGCUAUAGUAGAGGGUAUUUUCAUGGGCACAGUUAAAUAUUACAGAGAGAGACGUGAGAAGGCUCAGAUGCACAUGGUGAACAGACCAGCCACACCAUAUUGUUCAAAGAUUAUGGAGUACAUGCAUAAGAAGAAGGAGAAAGCUAAGCAUCUCGCUGUUGUUCAAAUUGGUAAUGUGGAAAGAAGGUACGAAGUCCGCUUACCUACAGAUAGGUUCGGGUGUGGGAAUCCGCAGCGAACACAUGAUGUGAAAAUCGGCAAUGAAGAAUGGCCAACUUGCGAGUGCACAUGCAACAAACCAAAGUUGCUUCAUCUUCCUUGCUCACAUGUGUUAGUUGUUUGUGGUGUCCUGGGGAUGUCGGAAAUCUCGUUCGUCUCUCCGUAUUAUCUGAAGGAGGCCGUGCUCAACACCUGGACCGGUGAGCUGGAAGGAUUUUGGUCAAUGGGAAAUUUCAACACUAGACGAUUUGCUCGCGACCAGGUCAGGAACUGCUACCCUUCGUUCACCGAGCAGUUCGACGUGCUCGAUGAUAGGGCGGUGAUCUGGCAGCCCUAUAUGGCCGCCGCCGUGCAUGAAAGGUACCCCGGCGGGAUCUCUAACCUCUGUUAUAGAGAUUGUGCGUACUGGAUGACACAGUCGAAGAUCAUCUUCGAUGUGUCCGUGGAGAUAAUGGCCCAGCAGAGGAUCAUGAGGCAGUUCGGCUCUCGGCAGCUGGUCGAUCCUCCACCACCGAUAGCACCUCUCCCUGCCUACGUCCACAAGUACAACAGGAAGGGUACUAGCCACUCGUCGACAUGGUGGCUUCAGCGCGUUGGCUCGUAUGUUGCUGAGUGGGAUGGCGCGACAACACACGUCUGGCCGAACGAUGAGCAGUUUGACCCACAGGAGUUUGCCGCAUAUCUGCAGAGGUACACUGCAGCCACGCGAGUGCGCCUCAUCGCGCCGACUGAUCCAGCUCAGGCGCCACCUGCGUCUAUGCACGAUAUGUACCCGACUCAGUCCACAGCCGGUAGUCGACAGCAUGCGGGUCAGCUGACUGCGGACUUACAGGAUGAAGUCGCUCGGUACACACGUCAAGUGUCCAGUGCACCUCUUCUGCAGCGUGACCAACAUGUGUCCUGGUUGAGGCGUCUCGAGGACAAGCUACGCGGGAUCUACUCGGCUAUCACAUGCAGCCGUAGUUCCGACGUCGUUCAGCGCCACCUCCUUCCACCGCGACCCUCCACACAGCAGCAGCGACGGCCACAUCUCACACCGACCGCAACACCCAGACCACCACCUCCUGAUCGGGCAGGAGGUUCGUCGUGGCAGCAGCACACUCCUUCCGUCGAUGACUAUCAGUACCAGCACCACGGAUCACGGCCACGUCUCACACCGACGCCGACACCCAGACCACCACCUCCUGACCAGGCAGGAGGUUCGUCGUGGCAGCAGCAGCACACUCCUUCCGUCGAUGACUUUCAGUACCAGCGUCACGGUUUCUUCGACGACUUUCAGCAGCAAGCUGCUUUCGACCAGUGGCAGCAACAGCAGGCCCCUUUCAUGGGAGGAGCAGGAUACACACAGGGAUACUCGCAGCACACUGCGUCCAAUCCUUCAUGGGGAGCUAGUGAUCAGGAUCCUGAGCACAUGGAGUACUACAGCACGCAGCAGAACUAUGUCGGUAUGCAGACUCCUCCACCACAGCCCACACAGGAGACACAGUACGACCCCGAGUCCGGGUCCUGGAUCCCUGCUCGCAUAACCAGGGCCCGGGACAGGUUCGGUUGGACACCCCGUACUACGCCGCCUCCACGAAACCCCAGACGCCGUCCAUAGUCUCAGACAUUUAUGUAUCUAUGUAUCAGACAUUUAUGUAUGCAUCACCUAUGUAUCAGACUUCAUGUAUGAACUAUGUAUCAGUAUGUUGUACCGCUUAAAAAUGACGCCAUAAGUA